GGUGAUUAGAUAAUAGAGAGGCUUGAGGUAGUUCUUCAAUGGCGGUGGGUCGCGUACACUUCCUCUUCUCCUCUUGAAAAAAUAAAACAAACAAAAUAGACUUGCACAAAAAUCUCUCUCUCUCACUUCUCUCGAAAAACGCCAGUCAACGGAGGCCGGCGAUCGCUGCUGCUAUUUCGGCGGACGACAGUUUUGGAGAGAGAAACCGGACUCUUUCUCUCUCUCUCUCUCUUUCUCUCUCUCUCUCCAUCUGAUGCUUCUGUUUUCAGAGUAAGAAGAAACACAAGGAGGCGUUUGGCUUGAAGAGAAAGCAAACCGAAAAUGAAUGUUCGGAGUAAUGGUACUGCGCUUGGAAAUGGAUUUGGAAGUGUAGAGAGUGAAUACAUUAGGAGACAUCAUAGACAUGAUCCUGCUGACCAUCAGUGUAGUUCUGCUCUCGUUAAGCACGUCAAAGCUCCUGUUCAUCUCGUUUGGUCUUUGGUGAGGAGAUUUGAUCAACCACAGAAGUACAAGCCCUUCAUCAGCAGGUGCGUCGCACAGGGGAACAUUCAGAUAGGAAGUCUUAGAGAAAUUGAUGUAAAGUCUGGCCUUCCUGCCACUACAAGUACUGAAAGAUUGGAAUUUCUUGAUGAUGAUGAGCAUAUUCUCAGUAUCAGGAUUAUUGGUGGGGAUCACAGACUUAGAAACUAUUCUUCAAUCAUUUCCCUCCAUCCAGAGAUCAUUGACGGGAGACCAGGGACUCUGGUAAUCGAGUCAUUUGUGGUAGAUGUUCCUGAUGGGAAUACCAAGGACGAGACAUGCUACUUUGUGGAAGCUCUGAUAAAGUGCAAUCUCAAAUCACUAGCUGAUGUGUCAGAGCGGCUUGCAGUGCAAGACCGGACUGAGCCCAUUGAUGGCAUCUGAGUGUGGGACUGAACUUCCAAGAUAUGGUGGAGGCUAUGGUUGUUAAGGAUGAAGCUUUCAGGGCACUUAUAUCUCAGAGGCUCUGGAUACUGACUAGCUAUAGUACUUUCUUCCACGCUAUUGCACUCUCUUUCAUUUUGAUUGUCAUGUUCCUCCUCUAAUUAUUUGCUGGAUUCCCCAUCUUUAGUAUCUCAAGGACCACACCCUUUAUAAAGCUUUAUCGUGCUUGUGAAUGAAAAGAGUUUUUUCAGAAAAAAAAAAAAAAGAAAAAAAAAAAAAAAAAAAAAAAAAAAAAAAGAAAAAAAAAAAAGAAAAACGAAAAACUAGGUUAUUUUUCUUUGUGAUAUCCAGAGCGUUUUGUUUGUGAUGGAAAAACAAUGUUGUAUAUAUGUGCGCUGGAAGGAUAUGUUUUGUAAGGUCUUUCCCUUAUAAUUUUAGAUCUAGGUAAAACAAGUUUGUUGAAGUUAAUGUUUUAUUUUAUUUUAUUUUUCUCUUUUAACAACCAUACGUUUGAAGAAGCCGAAGCCUGAAGGUAAUAUAGAGAGGCAUUUAUAUUUGUCAUGUUUUAAA